GUAGCGCUUUAUACUUCAUAGCACUGCAUUAACCUGCACUGAAAGCUGUUUUCCUGCAGUUGUUCACUUUUGUUGAAAGUGACCAUGUCUCAAGUUCAAGUGCAAGUUCAGAACCCACCCGCUGCUCUCUCAGGGAGCCCCGUUCUGACCCGGAACCAGUCUCUUCUCUCCCCGCCUUUGCUGAGUAUUCCUCCUCCUGCUAGCUCUCUGCCCUCUGAGAAUGCAGGCAGGCCUGUCCAAAACUCUGCCCUACCCUCUGCAUCUGCCACCUCGACCAGUGCAGCUGCAGUUCCUUCUAACAUGGCACACCCCAAAGAGAAAACCCCAAUGUGUCUUGUGAAUGAGUUAGCCCGUUUCAACAAGAUUCAGCCUGAGUAUAAGCUUUUGCGUGAGCAAGGUCCAGCUCACUGUAAGGUGUUUACAGUACAGCUAACACUUGGCGAUCAGAACUGGGAAGCUGAAGGAACUAGUAUUAAAAAAGCCCAACACACGGCUGCUGCCAAAGCUUUGGAAGGAACAAAAUUUCCUAAACCUAUAGUCCGCCCUUUUCGUAGCGAAGGAAGGAAUCCAGAAAGCAUAACCCCUACUGUAGAGCUCAAUGCACUGUGCAUGAAACUUGGAAAAAAACCAAUGUAUAAGCCUGUUGACCCUUACUCCCGGAUGCAGUCCACCUACAACUACAACAUGAGAGGCGGUGCUUACCCCCCCAGGUACUUCUACCCAUUUCCAGUACCACCGAUCCUUUACCAAGUCGAACUUUCCGUGGGAGGACAGCAGUUCAAUGGCAAAGGCAAGACCCGGCAGGCAGCCAAGCACGACGCCGCUGCCAAGGCGCUGAGGAUUCUGCAGAACGAGCCGCCGCCAGAGAGGCUGGAGGUGAACGGAAGAGAACCCGAAGAAGAAAAUCUCAAUAAGUCUGAAGUCAGCCAAGUGUUUGAGAUCGCGCUUAAACGGAACCUGCCUGUGAAUUUUGAGUCUUUCCCUCUGAAACAGGUCGCCCGCGAGAGUGGCCCGGCCCACAUGAAGAGCUUUCUGACCAGGGUGUCUGUCGGGGAGUUUGUGGGGGAGGGGGAAGGGAAGAGCAAGAAGAUCUCCAAGAAGAACGCCGCCAUCGCCGUCCUGGAGGAGCUGCGGAAGCUCCCGCCCCUGCCCGUGGUGGAGCGGCCCAAGCCCCGGAUCAAGAAGAAAACCAAGUCCAUCGUCCGGAGCAGCCCCGAGUGCGGCCAGGGCAUGAACCCCAUCAGCCGCCUGGCCCAGAUCCAGCAGGCCAAGAAGGAGAAGGAGCCCGAGUACACGUUGCUCACGGAGCGCGGCCUGCCCCGCCGCAGGGAGUUCGUCAUGCAGGUGAAGGUGGGGAACCACACCGCCGAAGGGACUGGCACCAACAAGAAGGUGGCCAAGCGCAACGCGGCCGAGAACAUGCUGGAAGUCCUGGGCUUCAAGGUUCCGCAGGCGCAGCCCGCCAAGCCGGCCCUCAAGUCCGAGGAGAAGACACCAGUAAAGAAAUCGGGUGAUGGAAGAAAAGUAACCUUCUUUGAACCAGGCCCCGGGGAUGAAAAUGGGACUAGCAAUAAGGAGGAGGAGUUUCGGAUGCCUUAUCUCAGCCAUCAGCAGCUGCCUGCUGGGAUUCUCCCCAUGGUGCCCGAGGUCGCCCAGGCCGUGGGAAUGAGUCAAGGACAUCACACCAAAGAUUUUAGCAGGGCGGCGCCAAAUCCUGCCAAGGCCACGGUAACUGCCAUGAUAGCCCGUGAACUGUUGUAUGGGGGCUCCUCGCCCACCGCCGAGACCGUUUUAAAGAGUAACGUCUCUUCAGGCCCCAUGUCCCACGGACCUCUAACGAGACCCUCCGAGCAGCUGGACUAUCUCUCCAGAGUCCAGGGCUUCCAGGUUGAAUAUAAAGACUUCCCCAAAAACAACAAGAACGAGUUUGUAUCUCUUAUCAAUUGCUCCUCUCAGCCACCUCUGAUCAGCCACGGCAUCGGGAAGGACGUGGAGUCCUGCCACGAUAUGGCCGCCCUGAACAUUUUAAAGUUGCUGUCCGAGUUGGACCAACCAAGUACAGAGAUGCCAAGAACAGGAAAUGGACCAAUGUCUGUGUGUGGGAGGUGCUGAACUUUUGGCCAUGAAUCAUUAUAAAAAAAAACCCAACCUCAAUACUGAAAAAUAUUUAGAAUUUGAUACCUCCAGUGGGCCGAGAGACGUGACGGGGGAAGAACUGGAGACGCUGGUGCCGACGAGGACUCGGAAGGCAGCGGGGCUGGCUCAGGCUUACAGCAGGCCCAGCCUGUUGAAGGAUUUUGGGUUUUUUUUUCCUGCCGUGUGGAAGAGAACAGCUCGACCCCCUUCUCAAACUGGCUCUGUAAACGCUUUGGGAGAAACCCUGGACACCCAUGUUGGAGAGGCUCUAGCUUGGCCCAGAGCGACAAGCACGAGAAAAUCAAAUGCUUCCUACUCAGCGCAAGCUAAUCUUUCCUGCGCUAAGGCCUCUUCACCCCUGCUUUCUCUUCCAAUAAUCUUCAUUUUCUUUUGAUUGAAAUAACACUAUAAAGUUUUAGUUUCUCAAUUGUAUCUAGUUCUGUAGCCACAACAAUAACCUGCAGAGAUCAUAUCCCGUGUAUGUGCUUGCGCAGUUUCACUGGUUGGACUAACCCAGGACCACUUCAGUGAUGCAAAUUGUGUGCCCUCUGGUUAGCUGGGCCAGCCCCGCCUUCUCAGAAACCGAGGAAGUUCCCAGUUGUAUAAACUGGACACUUUUGGAAUUUUAAACUUUAACUGAUCAUUUGGUUCUUUUUGUAUUUUAUUAAUGCAACAAGACUUCAAACCGAUGGACUUUAAUCUUUGGCUCAAAGAUUAUAAAAACAAUUGUGUGCAUAUCGGUAGGGCUCCAAAGGGCCCGUCGUUGGCACUACACCCCAGGCUAUGAUCUUGUAGUACGACCAGUCUGAGUCCUGUGCGUGCUUCGUGCUGUCUGCCGUCUCCGUGUAGGGCUGGAAAGAACGACCGUGUCUCUCUCUCGCGCUAUGUCUGUUGUCAGUGGGCACAGGGCCGUGGGCACCGCCAGGCAGCCAAGUCAAGCACUGCUUCCAUUUUUCUGAAAUUUAUUUCUCCCCAUGGAAUGUAAAAUUAGUGUUUGUCACCAAUAAAUGGUAUACUAAAUUUUUUUUGUUAAUUUAUUUACAAAUGCCACUACUGUUUAGAUCAGUUCCCUUCCACUUGCCCCCUUUUAUUAUUUUUUAAGAAAGACCUUUGUAUUGCUUGUGAGUCUGUCUGGGCAAAAUUCUAAAGAUUUGAACUUUAUAUGAAACCACUGAUCAAUAAAGUUACUCGUUACUCUUG